UCCGUCCGGUCCGCUUCUACGUAUUGGUUCUGCUCUGGACGGUUUGCCUCGUUCGAUUCCGUUCAGUUCUGUUCAGUGAUCAGUUCGCUCCGGAGCGCGGAGGCACGAGGGUUUUCGCGCGCCCAGACGAAUCUCUCUCACGCUCUCUCGCGUGGCGCACGUCUUUCCACGAGCCGACGACGAUGAAGUACAUCCUGGUGACCGGCGGUGUGAUCAGCGGCGUGGGCAAGGGUGUCAUCGCCAGCUCGUUCGGCACCAUCCUCAAACACUGCAACAUCCGCGUGACGUCCAUCAAGAUCGACCCCUACAUCAACAUCGACGCCGGAACGUUCUCGCCCUACGAGCACGGCGAGGUUUACGUGCUCGACGAUGGCGGGGAGGUGGAUUUGGACUUGGGCAAUUACGAACGUUUCCUGGACAUCACGCUUCACAAGGACAAUAACAUAACGACUGGGAAAAUUUAUCAGCAUGUUAUCACAAAGGAGAGACGAGGGGAUUACUUAGGCAAAACAGUACAAGUGGUGCCCCAUAUCACCGAUGCGAUUCAGGAAUGGGUGGAGAAAGUCGCGAAUCAAUCUGUGACAGAGGAUGGAGCUAAACCAGAGGUCUGCAUAGUGGAACUAGGAGGCACCAUAGGGGAUAUAGAGGGAAUGCCGUUCGUAGAAGCGUUCCGGCAAUUUCAGUUUAGAGUGAAGAAGGAAAACUUCUGCGUGGCCCAUGUGUCUCUGGUACCCCAGGCACUGAAUUCUAGAAACGGAAAUAUCUUACAGCCAAAAUCGACGGGUGAACCUAAGACCAAGCCGACACAGUCUAGCGUCAGGGAGCUGCGUGGGUUAGGCUUGUCACCCGAUUUCAUAGUCUGUAGGUCAGAAAAGCCUAUUGGCAAUUCCGUCAAAGAGAAAAUUUCCAAUUUCUGCCAUGUGGCCCCGGAGCAGGUGAUAACUAUUCACGAUUUAACGUCCAUUUAUCGAGUGCCGCUUCUUAUGGAGUAUCAAGGUGUCAUAGAAUUCCUUAACGAUCGAUUGCAAUUAAACAUUGGGGUGCCGCGGCCUCGUUACUUCAUGCGAAAAUGGCGUGACCUAGCCGAACGCGUGGACCACUUGCGGAAAGACGUUAACAUCGCCCUUGUGGGUAAAUACACAAAACUCGAGGACUCCUAUGCAUCCGUUACGAAAGCGUUGCAACACGCUGCCAUUGAGGCCGGAUAUAAAUUGAACUUGACGUUUAUAGAAGCUGCUAAUUUAGAACAAACUACAUUAGCGGAGGAUCCAGUAAUAUAUCACGAAGCUUGGCAGCAGCUUUGCAAAAGCAACGGCGUUAUUGUACCGGGUGGCUUUGGAAAGAGGGGCAUAGAAGGAAAGAUGAAGGCCUGCGAGUGGUGCAGAAUAAACGAUAAGCCGUUCCUCGGGAUUUGUCUGGGCUUGCAAGCGGCGGUCAUUGAAUUCGCGCGAAAUGUCUUGCAUCUGGAAACGGCGAACAGCACAGAAAUUGACCCGAAUACUAGUAGCCCUGUAGUAAUAGAUAUGCCCGAGCAUACUCAAGGUAUGAUGGGUGGAACAAUGAGAUUGGGCAAAAGACAAACGCGAUUUUACAAUAAUAACUCUGUUUUAAAGAAACUGUACGAUAAUAAAGAUGUCAUAGAGGAAAGACAUAGGCAUAGGUAUGAGAUAAAUCCUGACUACAUCAGUGAUUUAGAAGCAGCUGGCUUAAAAUUCGUAGGCCGCGACGACGACGAAAAUAUACGUAUGGAAAUUGCCGAAUUGGAAGACCAUAGUUAUUAUGUAGCUACUCAAUUUCAUCCUGAAUAUCUGUCGAGGCCGUUAAAACCGUCACCGCCAUUUCUCGGUUUAAUUUUAGCCAGUGUUAAUAAACUGAAGCAGUACUUAGCGCGAGGAUGUAAAUUUUCUCCACGUCAACUGAGCGACAACGAGUCAGAUGACGAUUAUUACAUGGAGGAAAUGACGAAGCUGCACUUAUCUAGUGGUGCGAGUAGAAGCGGUAGUAGUACAUCGGGUCUUAAUGAUUAGACUGCAGCUUUACUUAGUUUCAUUUCAUUCCAUAAUUUUAUUAUUUUUUUCCCACAGUCUGAGCUACUACACUUUUAUCUCAUCUAUUUUUGUUACUUAAUUCAUAAUUAAAAAAUCAAUAUACACACACGAACGUAUGCGAUCAAUUUUACAGAAAAAAAGAAAUAUUUGUCUCUAAAAUACGUCUUGUGAAAUUCAUCAAAAGUUUUAUAUUUUGUAAUAAAUUAAGUUACGUUUUAAUAAAAAAAAUUUUGUAUAUACUGCAAAUAUAUACUCAAAAUGAUAUUGAUAUUCCCUUCUAAAAUUUCCUGUCGAAAUAGGUAAAGCACAGAGUUGGGAAGCAACUCGUUACACGAAGUUACAGUUACAAUUAUUUCUUUUUGGCAACUCUAACUUAACU